ACUGCUUCCUGCGUCCAACAGGCAAAAGGGCAAGAUUUCUGCAUUGGAACUAAAUCCAAAUCAGCCAGACAUAGUGUUAUCAAUAGCUGAUCAGGACUGAGUCCUGCAGGCAGCUGCUUUUGCAAGAAUGGCUGGCUUGGAAGCAUUCCUGCCUACAGGUCACAGGUAUUGCAGUGCGAUGCCAGCUCUGGACAAGUUCUCAUGCUCCAGCGUUGUGCCUAUUGUCAGCCCCUGCUGCAGGAGCUCUUCUGUAGUGCAUCCCACCUGGAUCACUGAGCUCCUCACCCCCCAGAGGUGCCAAUGGAUUACCCACUACCCCUCCUCCCCUGAGCCAGCAUGGAAGAGGCUGAGUGCAUCGGGGAGAUCAGUGGCUUUAGACAGCAACAUCCCUGUGUUAGUGAGAGGAGAACAAGAUGGAUUUUACUACCGUGGUACAGUAAAAGAGGAGAUAAAGAAUGAAAGAGGCAUGUUCCUGGUAGAGUUCGCCAAACCACUUGCGUCACGUGGAAGGCAUCCAGUGUGUGUACAAAAAACAGCAAAGGAUGACAUAAUAGAAUACGUGAACGGGAUGAAGCACUCCUUACUCCCUGGAGACAAAGUGCUGGCACCCUGGGAGCCAAAUAUGGCCAGGUAUGGCCCUGGAACUGUCCUCAUGGGCAUUGAGACAAGGGACCCCUUACGAGCCUCAGAAGAUGAAGAAAUUAUGGUCCACUUCUGGAAUGACAAGAAAGUCAAACUCCCGCGAGGUGUGGCUCUGUGGAUCCCUCCUAGCCUGUGGGAAAGGAUUGUAGAGAUGAUCCACAUGCCCUUCACCAGCAGGGUGAAGCCCAGAGAAAUUCCAGACACUAACUGUUGUAUUAUUUCCCACAGUCCUAAAAUGGCCCUGAUUCCUGUUUGUGCUGUACAUAGCCUUGCCAAGCACCGCUUGCUCUGCUUACGCUGCUGGCCACGUUUCCACUAUCACUGUGAUUGUAUAAGCUGUUUGUCAGCAUAUGUAGGGUGCAUCUGCUGCUGCCAUCCCCGUGUCAGCGCCUGGUGGCCUCUUCCAUCCAGGCGUCUGGUAUUUCAAAGCGAAACAGAAGAGGUAGAUUCCAGCGGUGAGCCCUCUCCAUGCCUUCUAGAACCAAAAAGCCCCAAACCAGAAGCAGCAGCAGUUGUGGCACCAUCUUCUCCCUCUUCUGAUUCAGAGUGGGACCUGGAGCCAUUCCCUGCUAAGAGUACCAUGGUGGACAGUGCUGUUAACACAGGCUCCAGUUGUCUUGAGAAGCCCAGGCUAAAGGAUUCUGCAAGACCUGAGUGGAAAUACUGGAAAAGAAGCCACCACAAGUCCCAUCCCAGUAAUUCAGGACUCGUCAAUCGCAGCAGCACAUGUACGAAGGGCAAGCUGGAACCCAAAGCCAUCUCUACUGGGGACACAUUCAGUGUUGCCUCGACUAAUCGUAGUGCAAUGUUUGAAACCAUCGAGCAGUCUCCCAGAGGGCAACUCACAAUGAAAGAAAUCUUAAGAGACCAAGAUUUCAAGCUGUCAUUGGGGGAAGAAGGUUUUGCGCCAUCAGAAAAACAAAGAUAUAAAACAGCAAGAAAGGAAACAGAGUCAGAUGAUAAACAUAAAGCAACUUGCAUACGAGACGACAAACUUGAUGAUACAGACCAUGUCAGAAGAGGACAGACAGAAAAAUCAGUAAAGAGCUCACUUGCAACAAAACAGAGAGAGACAUGAUCAACCAGAAUUCAAUAAAUGUACAAUUGAUGAAGUUUGGGAGCUGAAAUUUCAGGUUGUCAUAGAGCUAUAAUACUUCUGGACAACAACAGAAACAGAGAAUAUUAUGUGGAGAAGCAUCAAAGCCAUGCUCACAACUACUGCAGAUUUACAAAUGAAAGUGGAACUGCACAGCUACUGACAUUCUGUAUUAAUUGGCUGGUUUGUCCUUGUGUGAGGAUGAAAAUAAUGCCUGGAUGUCCACAGGACAUCUGCCUUCUCGUACAAAACUGUCAGCCCUGAUUUUGGAUGCCUGUCUCCCAACACAAUACACAGGGACUCUCUGAAACCUCAGAACUGAAUUCAUUAAAAUACCAGAAGGAAUGCUCAGAAACAUCUACCUGAUCAGGCUCUUUAAGAAAAGCUCUGGUGGAAGAAGGCAUACAUUACGGGUCUUUAAUAUUAUGUAUAUGCAACUUAGGUUCCUUGCAUAGGUGCCUAGCCAGUGAAGACUGGUUUUGCAGGGCGCAUGCAGGAGCAGUACUCCACAAGCAAAACAAGUUAAUACUGAAACAGUGCAUUGGUAAAGAAGCUAAAGUGUCUUCAAGGCUGGUACCAGUAGCAUAGCGGUUUUGUGGCUUGUAUUUAAGUCCAGAGCAGCCUGUUUCUGGCUCCACAGUAAAGGUACUUGAAUCUUCCCUACUGCAAAUUAAAUAUCUGAGUACAGCUCUGCUGCCAUCUGUUGUCACCAGAGAACUACUCCCAGGGUUACUUUUUUUGAUCACAGGGACCAAAAAGUUCGAAAAUAUCUAUUUCAUUUCACUUAUAUUUUCCUUGUCUCUGACUGUCAAUACUAAAUUUAACAAAAAUAAGGCAAAUAGCUAUUCUUAUUUCCAAAUCCACUCCCGAGAUUCAUUCUUUGAUGUUAUGCACACAUCAAUAGAUUUGGUUGCUUGUAUUGUAGUUUACCGUGAAGCUGUGUCCCAAAACACAUCAAUACUCUGACCUAUUGCAUAACGCUUCACAGAGCAUUUCUAUAUCACAGGAAGUGAGCUGGAUUCUUUUACAUGAUGUCACACAGCAAAGAAAUUUAUUCAAACUUUUGGUAAGAAGUGUGGGUAAACUUUGAUCCCUUAGUAACUCUUAAGCAACUCAAAUCACACAUUUAAGCGUUUGCAUUUAAGUGCUUAAAUGGUUAUAUUCAGCUGUGGUUUUUAUUUGCACUUUGUUAACUUUACCCAUGAACUUGUGGAUCUGAGAAUUCCCUUCUCCCCCUCUUUACAGCUCUUCUCCACAGAAGAUGCCCGAAACAGUACCGUCUUGGCUGAUGCAUAGAUACAGUAGUCAUCCACUGCUUGUUCUACUUCUAACAGGGCAUAGGAUAAGUCUCUAUAUACUGUUACAUUUUUGUUUCAUCUUGUGUAAAACUGUUCUGCCCCAAUUGUUUUAGGAUUAACUGGUUACUGAGUAUUUAGUGCUUUGAAAUUAUAAAGUAGUUGCUUAAGAGCUAAUAGUUUUGGUGUUGAACUACUGUUUUCUCUAAUUCAAUUGAAGGCUUAGCCUCUGUUAUUAACUCUGCAGACAAUGAGGUCUCUGCUGCAUUAUGAUAACAGAUCCCAAAGGGCAUAGUCAAUGAUGAUGGAGUUUUCAGAGACUUUAAUGCACUAGCUGGGCUGCAGGGCUGCAUUCACAAGGACAAGCUGGGAGAGACAAGCCCCCAGUCCAUCUGCCCGGAAGAGUUAUGACAUCCGGCAGGCAGAGACAACAUGAAAGCAGUGGUACUGUGCAUCUGCAUGCCAUACCUCUUGUUUCUACUGUGGUUAAGUUUCUACUUAUCACAAACAAAUACAGCGCUGCUCAGAAUGGAGCCUGCAUUCAUUAUCCAAUAGAAACAUCCCAACCUGAGUUUGCUUAAACAAUACAGGGGAGGUUAACGUUAAGUUCAGAGCAAAUGUGUGACAUGAAGCAAUGUCUUUGCUCGGGAUUCAAACUCUCCUGUACUUCUGCCACCCAGAACGCACUGGCUCUAUUAGCCAGCAUGAAGGGUUCACAUUGGCGCGAUGAAAACAAAGGGUUACCCUGUGUAAAGCAACUCUACUGCACAGGUGCAGAGGUCCCUGGCAGCACUGGAAACAACUCUCUACGCUGUGACACAGCCCUGCAAUGGCUGACACAAUGUAACCUGCGAUGUCUCUUUAACCGUAUUGCCUUGGCACCAAGAAGUGGAGAAACGUUCUGCUACAAUCCACCAGUCUACUGGUGCUAUGGAAAAUGCCGAUAGUGGUGGUUAUUAACUAAGCUGGUACCAGUCAGUCGGGAUAACCCUGCUGAAACCUACCAUGCCAUCUACCACAUGAUGGUGAGCGCCCCACAUUUCUUCACUGUCACAGGCUCACUGGCUAAGCUCUUGCCAUGCAGUGAGCAAAACCGAAGUCUAAUUUUUGCAGUUUUAGCAAGAGUCAUACAAACAGACCUCUGCCUGGCACAGCAUAAACAUUUCACUUUGGACGGGUCUGGGGGUAAAACCUCACCUCACAUUCCUUUGAGGCUUGAUUCAUCAAGUUCACAAUUGAAGCAAAUGCUGCAUUGAGACGUUCU